AUGGCAUCACAUAAUCAAGGAACGCUAAGAAUCCGCCCUCUUGGAGCAAAACUCGAGCGAGACUUAGGUCUGACUUCAAUGGACCCUUAUUGCGUAAUCAGAAUUGGGAAUCAGGAAAAAAUUUCUCACGUUAGUGAAAAAGGAGGCAUGACCCCACGCUGGGACGAAAGAUUUGAAUUCAACCCAGAAGCUCAAGAAGAAAAUAUUCUAAUCAGUUUAUGGGAUAAACGAACACUCACCGGAGACCAAGAAAUCGGAAGCGCUAAUGUACCUUUAUCAAAAGUCUUUCGUGAUAAAAUCUUUGAUGAAUGGGUUGAAAUCUUCUAUAAAGAUGAAAAAGCUGGGGCUGUUUGACUAAUUAUGGAUAUAGACCAAGGAGAAGAGUCUACUGGAAGGACUGGAGAAGGGCUUGGAUAUUUAAAUAAAUCAAAAAGUCAUGGAAAAGAAGGGCAGCAUAAAGAAACUUCGCAUCAAACUCCUCAACAAGAUAUAAACAGGCCUCAAGGACUAGGAAAAGGACAGCAUGAAGAAAUUUUGCAUCAAAAGCCUGAACAAGAAAUGCAAGCUGGAGCGAUUCCAAUAGGAGGUGGUAUAGGGAAAUCCAGACCAGAAAGACAAGAAGUAAGAUUUGGAGAACAAAAUGCUCCUAUGGUAAAAAAAUCCAAAAAGCAUGGCCUAGAAGGAGAUGAAGAAAGAAUAGGCGAGCCAAAAGCUCCCAUAGUCAAGAAAUCCAAAAAGCAUGACCUAGAAGGAGAAGAAGAAAGACUAGGCGAACCAAAAGCUCCCAAAGUCAAAAAAUCAAAAAAGCAUGACCUAGAAGGAGAAGAAGAAAGACUAGGUGAACAAAAAGCUCCCAAAGUCAAGAAAUCAAAAAAGCAUGACAUAGAAGGACAAGAAGAAAGACCAGGUGAGCCAAAAGCCCCCAUCGUCAAAAAAUCAAAAAAACAUGAGCGGCCUUAUGAGCAUUCUCCCAAGCGCAGUGCAUAUGAAAAUCCUGAAGAAUUCCCCCCCCGCUCAAAGCCGGCUGCACAUCUUGGAACUGAAUCUCGAAACGUCCAUGAAGAAUCAUCUCCUAAAUACAUAGGAAUAGAAUCCCCAGAAGUUGUCCCUUCCCAUACGCAGCGCUCUGAGCUUGAACCUCAUUCUAAACAUCCAGAAAGCAUAGCCAAGCACCCAGAACAGUCAGAAGCUUAUCCUGAGAAAGCCCAUAAGCAGCAUCCAGAGUAUCAAGAAGGUUAUAUUAAGCAUCCUGAGCAAGAAACUUAUAGCCAUUAUCCAAAACAACAAGAAACUUAUACUAAACAGCCGGAAAUCCAUACUAAUUAUCCAGAGAAGGAAACAAGGCAGUAUGAUAUGCCACCAGCUCAAUCAAAGCAGGCAUUCCCUCUUACUGAAGGAUCUUAUCAUAGUGGAGUAGGGACUGAAGGAAAACAGGUAUAUGAUAUGCCGCCCGCUCAGUCAGGAUCUUAUCACAGUGGAGUAGGAACUGAAGGAAAACAGGUAUAGCGCUUUCCCGAGGAUGGCGCGGAAUGGCGCCAUCCUCGGGAAAGCCAGGAAGGCAUCCACACGGGAACUGGGAGUUCCACGUGUGGAUGCCAUUUUGACAUGUGGAAGUUUGGAUCCCACAUGUCAAAAAUGGCAUCCACACGUGGAACUCCCAGUUCCCGUGUGGAUGCUUAGUUGACUUUCCCGAGGAUGGCGCCAUUCCGCGCCAUCCUCGGGAAAGCGCUAUAUAUGAUGAGGCAAAGCCAAAACCCGUGCAAGGCGUCGAAAAAAUGGAAGGCGUAAUCUCAAGCAGCCAAGAAAGAUAUGAAGAUGUAACUCACUCCCCCCCCCCUUUAAAUUAGAACAAAAUAUAGGUAAAAUUGCCACUUUUUUGGUAAAUUAAUCCCCCUUUAAAUUGGAACAAAAUUUAAUUUUAUAAUAAAAAAUUAUGUAUAAUUUUUAUGUAAAAAGUUUUGAUAUAAUUUUAAAUGUUUCUUCUUAACUAAAAUUUAAAAUUUAGUUAUAUCCUGCUCUUGUUUAAAGAAUAGAGUAUAAAGAACAUCUUAUUUAAAUAAAUUUAUUAUCCUUAAUUGUAAAUUUUUAAAAAAAUUUAAUUUUUUUUGUUUUUAAAAAAAUUUUUAAAAAAAAAUUUUAUUUUUUUGAUAAAAAUGAUAUUUUUUAUUUAAAUAGCUUUGAUAUAAAUUCAAUACGAAUUCUUUACAAAAAUUCAAAAUUUACUUAUCUCUUGCUUUAUUUUAAAAGAAUAGAGUAUAAAUAGCAUCUUAUUUAAACAAAAAUUAGCACUUUGAUUAAUAAAUUUUCUAAAAUUUUUUUUUUAGUGGCAUAUUAAUUAAUAAUAAAAUUUUAGUUAUAUCUUGCUUUGUUUUAAAGGAUAAAGAGUAAAUAGCAUUUUAUUAAACAAAUUUAUUAAUCUAAUUCGAUAAAUUUUUGAAUUUUUUUUUUUUUUAAAUUUUAUAAUGAUUUUGUUUUUAAAAAAUUUUCUUAACCCCCCUUUAAAUUGGAACAAAAUUUUUAGUUCCAAUUUAAAGGGGGGGGAGUCAGAGGCCAAAGGAAGGAUACCAAGACCAGCCAAAAGGAAAAAUAGUGAAAGAGACAGUUAAAGUUGUGACUGAAAUGACACAGGUAGAAUAUGCAACAGGUAAAAAAGCUUAUACAACGCCAGGAGAAAAAUCCAUUGAAAAAGAGAGGGUUAUUUAAGAUUCCAAGGAUAAAAAAGCCUUCAUAUUUUUUGAUAGUAAUGUAUUAUUCUAAAAAACAGAUUUUAUAGAAUAACAGAGAAAAAUUUAUAAAGAAGUUUUCCUCAGAAACAUUAGCUUGCGUCUAAGAGAAAGGCCAAACUGGAACCUAUUCAGAAGGUGGAGAAGGCAAAAUUGUCAAACCUUAG